AUUUUCAAAAAUACCAACAAUCUCAUACUGGAGAGGUAAUCUACAGAUGUAAUCAGUGUGGGAAAGCCUUCAGUCAUUCCUCUUACCUUCAAGUACAUAAACGAAUUCAUACUGGAGAGAGGCCCUAUGAAUGUAAACAAUGUGGGAAAGUCUUCAGUCGUUCCUCUUACCUUCAAGUACAUAAACGAAUUCAUACUGGAGAGAGGCCCUAUGAAUGCAAACAAUGUGGGAAAGCCUUCAGUUGUUCCUCUUACCUUCAAGUACAUAAACGAACUCAUACUGGAGAGAAGCCCUAUGAAUGUAAACAAUGUGGGAAAGCCUUCAGUCGUUCCUCUUGCCUUCAAAGACAUAAACAAACUCAUACUGGAGAGAAGCCCUAUGAAUGUAAAAAAUGUGGAAAAGCCUUCAGUAGUUCCUCUUACCUUCACAUACAUGAACGAUUUCAUACUGGAGAGAUGCUUAAUAGAUGUAAACGAUGUGGGAAAGUGUUUGCUACAUCCAGUCAGCUUCAUUCACAUGAAUGGACUCAUAAUGGAAAGAAACCCUAUCAGUGUGAACAAUGUGGGAAAGCCUUCAUAUAUUGUUCUUCCUUCCAUCGACAUCAGCGAAUUCAUACUGGGGAGAAACCCUAUGAAUGUAAGGAAUGUGGCAAAGCCUUUACUUAUUCCUUUUAUCUUCAAACACAUAAACAAACUCAUACUGGAGAGAAGCCUUAUGAAUGUAAACAAUGUGGAAAAAGCUUCAGUUGUUCUUCUUACCUUCGUAGACAUAAAUUAAUUCAUACUGGUGAGAAGCCCUAUGAAUGUAAGCAAUGUGGGAAAACCUUUACUUAUUCCUUUCAUCUUCAAACACAUGAACGAAUUCAUACUGGAGAGAGGCCCUAUAAAUGUAAAGAA